GAGACCAGCUUGACGCCUGUAUCACCUUUUGUCGCCGCUUCUCACUCUCGGUCUUCCUUGGUGUAUUCUGAGAAUCCAACAAGCAAAUCUUACAAUACAACACUCAAGCUCUCACAAUGGCGUCCGGCUACGAUCGAGCUCUCUCUGUCUUCAGUCCUGACGGUCACGUCUUCCAAGUCGAAUAUGCGCUCGAAGCCGUCAAGCGAGGAACAUGUGCUGUAGGUGUCAAGGGCUCGGACAUAGUAGUACUCGGCUGCGAAAAGCGAUCAGCAAUGAAGCUGCAAGAUACCCGAAUUACCCCCUCCAAGAUCUGCCUCGUGGACACUCAUGUUGCCCUUGCCUUUGCUGGUCUCAACGCCGAUGCCCGCAUUCUUGUCGACAAGGCCCGCCUGGAGGCGCAAUCACAUCGUCUCACAGUCGAAGACCCGGUAUCGAUAGAGUACAUUACCAAGUACAUUGCAGGAGUGCAGCAGCGAUACACUCAGAGUGGUGGUGUCCGUCCAUUCGGUAUCAGCACGCUCAUAGUCGGCUUCGACCCCAACGACAAGACCCCGCGCCUGUACCAGACCGAGCCCUCUGGUAUCUACUCGGCAUGGAAAGCAAAUGCGAUUGGUCGGUCGAGCAAGACAGUCCGCGAGUUCCUCGAGCGCAACCACAAGGAAGGCAUGGACCGGGAAGAGACGAUCAAGCUGACCGUCAAGUCGCUGUUGGAGGUGGUGCAGACGGGUGCGAAGAACAUUGAGAUUGCCAUCAUGGCACCGGGCAAGCCCAUCGAGAUGUUGCCUGUCGAGGACAUUGAGAAGUACGUGGAGAACAUCAAUACAGAAAAGCAGGAGGAGGCGGCCAACAGGAGGCCCGGACGACAACCGGGCACUGGCCAGGCUGCUAUCCUCACUCGCCAGACCCCCGCUGAGGGCUCAGGAUCUGGUGGCGCGUAGAGGAACGAAUAAUGAGUGACGGCGAAAAGACAUGAAUUGCACAGGCGUCUAGGUGGUAGACUUAUGAAUCUGUACAUGAAUGGCAGAUACGACCAGCUAGUGGCUGUGAAUGACAUCUAGCAUACGUGCAUG